GUGAUGGAGGUGGAGGUAAAGACAAACAAGAAGGAAAAGGCCCUUGGAAACUCCAGACUCCAUCCAGGACAGGACAGGGAGGGAAGUGGCUGCGCAGCGCUGCGUCCCCGCCCCAAGCCCCGCGCGCCUGGCAAUCGCAUGCCCACCGCUGGAGCGCGGCGUCCCCGUGCAGUCCUGGCAACCUGUCACCGAGGAGGACGUGACUCGGAGCUGCCUCCGCUUUCUCCAAGCCAUAUUCCUUUAAGAUGAUGUAAUAGUCAUUUCCCUGGAUGGUUUCUUGCCUGCACUGCUGAAACAACAGCAUCCGAACUGCACUGGGAACUGUGGAACCACCCAGCUCCGCCGCCAGAGAAGCCGGAACCCCGGGCCCCCCGCUGGCAUCUCUGCGCUGCCUUGGCCUUCGGCUCCCACCGGCUCCCACCUGGCUGGGAACAUGGGAGUCCGUUUGCCCUUGCCGGCAGGUGGGGUGGCAACCUGGGACCCCAGCAGGGCUCGUCUUUCGAUCUUUCUGCUUCUGGGCUUUCUGAAAAGCUUCUAAGUCCUGGUACCUCUUGCAACUCUCUUUUAAGGAUCCUUUCCAAAGAUUUUUUUUUUUUUUUUCCUGGGGAAGCUUUCAUUGAAUAUUUUCUCUGCUUUACUUCUUCAACCCAACCUUCUCUCAUCACGGUUUAACUUUUUUGUGACUUGUUUUAACUUAAGAUACGGAGUGAAUACAUACGUACCUACAUACAUACAUAAACACAAAUAUACAUUUAUAUAAAUACAUAUAUAUAUAUAUAUAUAAUAAUUAUUUUCCAAAAGCACACCUGCCUGGCACUUUUCAUUGAUACCUCGGUCGUUUACCUGUUUGGGAUUUGACAAGAUCCAGACUCAGUUUGGCUGUGGAUUCUGAUUGCUUUACAAAUGGUUCUUCCUAUUAUUAUUAUUAUUUUUUUUUUUUCACGAGAACUGGGUCUCCAGCACUCACUAAGAGGACUCUCUUUUUCUGACUCAUUCUGGGUUUGAGGAAAUAUUUUUUUCUCUUUUCCUUCAGACGGACAUCUGAGUAACUGGGGACUUGGCCUGCCUUGCCUGUGAGCUUCAUGGAAGACUGGAUAUAGACGAGUUGAUUAUAUUCUAUGAAGUAAUAGCUCACUACCAUCCAGGGUUUAAACUACUUUUUCAGCAUCACUUCACCUGUGGACUUUGAUACAUUUUGCUUUCUUGGGGGAAAAAAACUGGGAUAAGAGGAGGUCAUUUUUAAUAGGUUUGCAUCUUUUUCCCUUUCUUACAAGUUGAUACAAAGGAUAAGGCUGUGACUCCAUUGGAUUGCACCUUUAAAUCAAAAUAGCAGCAGCAGAAGAAAGGGACAAUGGCUCUGAGUGGAAACUGUAGUCGUUAUUAUCCUCGAGAACAAGGGGCCGCAGUUCCCAACUCCUUCCCUGAGGUGGUAGAGCUGAAUGUCGGGGGUCAAGUUUAUUUUACUCGCCAUUCCACAUUGAUAAGCAUCCCUCAUACCCUCCUGUGGAAAAUGUUUUCCCCAAAGAGAGACACGGCUAACGAUCUAGCCAAGGACUCCAAGGGAAGGUUUUUCAUUGACAGAGAUGGAUUCUUGUUCCGUUAUAUUCUGGACUAUCUCAGGGACAGGCAGGUGGUCCUGCCUGAUCACUUUCCAGAAAAAGGAAGACUGAAAAGGGAAGCUGAAUAUUUCCAGCUCCCAGACUUGGUCAAACUCCUAACCCCUGAUGAAAUCAAGCAAAGCCCAGAUGAAUUCUGCCACAGUGACUUUGAAGAUGCCUCCCAAGGAAGCGACACAAGAAUCUGCCCCCCUUCCUCCCUGCUCCCUGCCGACCGCAAGUGGGGUUUCAUUACUGUGGGUUACAGAGGAUCCUGCACCUUGGGCAGAGAGGGACAGGCAGAUGCCAAGUUUCGGAGAGUUCCCCGGAUUUUGGUUUGUGGAAGGAUUUCCUUGGCAAAAGAAGUCUUUGGAGAAACUUUGAAUGAAAGCAGAGACCCUGACCGAGCCCCAGAAAGAUACACCUCCAGAUUUUAUCUCAAAUUCAAGCACCUGGAAAGGGCUUUUGAUAUGUUGUCAGAGUGUGGAUUCCACAUGGUGGCCUGUAACUCAUCGGUGACAGCAUCUUUCAUCAACCAAUAUACCGAUGACAAGAUCUGGUCAAGCUACACUGAAUAUGUCUUCUACCGUGAGCCUUCCAGAUGGUCACCCUCACACUGCGAUUGCUGCUGCAAGAAUGGCAAAGGUGACAAAGAAGGGGAGAGUGGAACGUCUUGCAAUGACCUCUCCACAUCUAGCUGCGACAGCCAGUCUGAGGCCAGCUCUCCCCAGGAGACAGUCAUCUGUGGUCCUGUUACACGCCAGACCAACAUCCAGACUCUGGACCGUCCCAUCAAGAAGGGCCCUGUCCAGCUGAUCCAACAGUCAGAGAUGCGACGGAAAAGCGACUUACUCCGGACUCUGACUUCAGGCUCCAGGGAAUCGAACAUGAGCAGCAAAAAAAAAGCUGUUAAAGAAAAGCUCUCAAUCGAGGAGGAGCUGGAGAAAUGUAUCCAGGAUUUCCUGAAAAUCAAAAUUCCAGAUCGGUUUCCCGAGAGAAAACAUCCUUGGCAAUCUGAACUUUUACGGAAGUAUCAUCUAUAAGGGAGGGGUGGGGGUGGGGGAAAAAAAGUCAUCAUUUUGAAACUAACCUCCUAAACGGAAUUAAUAUUUUAAAGGAAAAAAUACAACCAAUGAUGCACAUUUCUUAGAACACAAUAGUCCAUUGAUAUACUACUGCCUACUUUACCUAGUUCACCUUAACAUGUAAAUCCACAGGGUAGAUUUCUUUCUAGAUGUGGAAGUACCAGAAAAUCUUUUUUAGUUAUUUGUUUGUUUACUCGGUCCCAUGUGCUAAGUAUCUUAUAUGUAAUGAGAGCCAGCUACAUGAAAGUAGCUGAGAGGCCUUGGGAGUCAUUUAUCCCCAACUGGGUUUUUUUUCCUCUCAUCUUCUACCUCCCUUCUUUGAAUGAGGGUAUGGUAGAAAAAGAUCUGGCCCAAUGGCAUACGUUUGGAAUUUUUUAAUUUUGCUUUUUCCUUUUGUUUAUGCGGUAAGGGGGGAAUGGCAGAUUUAUAUGACUUUUCACUCAAAUCUAUAUGUGCCAGUUUAUGUUGACUCCGUAUGCAUGAGUAUUUGUGCAACACAAGCACAAUUAAGGAUGUAUAUACACACGAUGCACACGAUGCCAGGGCUGACACAUCCCAAGGACUGUGCUCCUGCUCUCAGCAGCCCUCUCUUAGAACAUUUCAGAUGGAUGAGACUCUGACUCUUUCUUAAAACUCGUGUGGGAAGAUUUCCCAGCCUGUCUUGGCAACACUUUCUAACAUCGAAUAACCUUCAACAUCAACAAAUUGUCUUCCUUAUUUCGAAAUUAACACCCUCAGGCUCCAUUUUACUGCUUUGCCCUUUCUCUGCAUUAAGAGAGGAUGAGGAGAGCUGGUCAAACAUUCUUUGUAUUAAAAAAUCAAACAUUCAUAUUCAGAAAAUUACUGCUAAGUGACCCCACACUCAGCCUUCUCUACCCUGAACUGAAUUUGUCCUUCUCUCAAAGUUUUCAGAGUUCUCACUGCCCACAGUUUAAUGGUGUGGCCUUUCCACAUAAUCCACAUUAAGUUCUGUAGUUCCUGUGUCAUUGUGGAACUAAGAACAUCACACAGUACUUGAAUAAGGUUUGGCCUUUUCUUUGUUUUAAGUUGUAUUCCACACACCUCCUAAUAAUUUCUUAUAAAAAUUUUAAACUGCGAAGCUACAUUGUUAUUUGCUUGUAGCCAGUUUUGUUUGCUUUUGGGAUUCGAGGAUUAGCUGUACCCAUGCUAGGAUUUAGCUGUGUCAUUUUUAUGGUACCUGUAACAACCCAACGAGGUAACUGGAGCUCCAAAAUUAAGGUUUCAGAUUUCUAAAUGAAACCAUCCUUUUCAAUUACAUCUUGACCUGUAUAGACACAGCCAAAAAGAAACUGUUAAUAGCCAUCCAUCCAUGUAACUCUGUAUUUAUAAGGUACCAAUAGCUCUUUCAUAGACUUGUGCUACAUGAAGGUUAAAAGACCAGUUUUUAUUUUCAGAAUUCCUCACGCAUUUUAGUAGUAACUGAAAAAAUAAUUUGUCAAUGACUAAUUGUGUGCCAAGCACUCCUCAUUUGUUUCGUUGCGUGUGUGUGCAUGUGUGUAUGUGUAUCGCAGGUAAUAAAGGCAAUUGGAUCACGUC